ACCCGCCGUACCAGCAGGCAACGCAGCACAAACAAGCCGCAUGAACUCUUAAUGCCAGCGCCUUGUUAACCUAACGUGUCACCUGAACGCACCGCGACAAUAACCGGAUUACAAUUUGGCUUCCCGCAAAAUGUCGAAAUUGCGCGCGUGAAAUUCCCAUCAAGUCGCUCUCUUUGCAGGUUUAAUGAGUCAUGACAUUAACUGAGCCUAAGGUUGUUCCUCCCACGCCCCUCCAGCCCACUCCUCUCUUUAUUUAAGGCGCUCCUCUGCUGCAGCCCUCAGAGCAGCAGGCGCACAGUCAGCGCAGCUCUCUCCUGCCGCCGCGGAGGGACGAGAGCUCCAGCUUUGUCACGUUUUCCCGGAUUUACCCGUCAGCUCGUCACGAUGAGACUUGUUCCAGUCGUGCUGGCGGUUACGGCUCUGUUGACAGGAAAUCUUGCGCUCCCAGUUGGCAAAGAAGAGCAGAGAGAGGAUGUGGUAACACGAUGUUUGGUUGAAGUCCUGUCCAAAGCUCUCUCCAAACCGGACUCUCAGGUCGAUCAGCAAUGCAAAGACAUCAUCCAAGCAGGAAUUAUACAUGCCCCGUUGGACAAGAAGAGUGGGGAUGCCUCAGUAACUCAUGAAGAGAUAGUAAAAGUUCACGCAGAGCCAGUGGCAAAGGCAGCAGAUGUGAAAGACAUCGAGGAACUCCUGAAGUCUGUGGAAGAAAAACGAGAAAACCCAGAAGAUGAGCGCAGCCAAGAAUCCUGGAGUCUGGGUGAUGAGAAGGACAAGAGACAUGAGAACGAUGUGGAAGAAGAACGGGAGAAGAGGAGCAGCUGGAGGCCUGGAAGAUUCCACCAAAGAAAGCACAAACGAGGAGAGGAAGAAGAGGAUGGCGAGCGCAGCCAAGAGAGUUGGGGAGUAGAUGAAAAGAGGUCAGACGAUGAGGAAGAGGAAGAUGAAGACAGAGAGAAGAGGAACUGGAGGCCUGGAAGAUACCACCAAAGAAAACACAAACGAGAUGAGGAACCUUUAGGAGACGAUGAGGUAGAUGAGGAGCGUAGCCAAGAGCGCUGGGAAGCAGACAAAAGGCACCGGGAUGAGAACGAGGAGGAGAGAUACAGGCGCAUUUGGAAACCCACACAUCGCUAUCAUCACAAGAAAACACUCCACAAACGGAAUGAUGAGCCAUCAGAGGGCGAGGAAGAUGGAGAACGUAGCCAGGAGUACUGGGAUUUUGAUACCGGAAGAGAUAAGAGGAACUGGAGACCUGGCAGGUACCACCAGAGGAGACACAAACGAGAUGAAGAGCUGUCAGAAGAAGCCAAAGAGGAGCCAGAAGAAGAACGCAGUCAGGAAUACUGGGAUUUUGACACUGGAAGGGAGAAGAGAGAAUGGCGGCCUGGCAGGUACCACCAGAGGAGACACAAACGGGAUGAGGAGCUGUCAGAUGAAGCUAGGGAUGAACCGGCUGAAGAACGCAGCCAAGAAGACUGGGAUUUUGAUACUGGAAGAGAGAAGAGAAACUGGAGGCCCGGCAGGUAUCACCAGAGGAGACACAAACGGGAUGAAGAGCCGUCAGAUGAAGCUAGGGAUGAACUGGAUGAAGAACGCAGCCAAGAAGACUGGGAUUUUGACACUGGAAGAGAGAAGAGAAACUGGAGGCCCGGCAGGUACCACCAGAGGAGACACAAACGGGAUGAAGAGCCGUCAGAUGAAGCUAGGGAUGAACUGGAUGAAGAACGCAGCCAAGAAGACUGGGAUUUUGAUACUGGAAGAGAGAAGAGAAACUGGAGGCCCGGCAGGUACCACCAGAGGAGACACAAACGGGAUGAAGAGCCGUCAGAUGAAGCUAGGGAUGAACCGGAUGAAGAACGCAGCCAAGAAGACUGGGAUUUUGAUACUGGAAGAGAUAAGAGGGACUGGAGACCUGGCCGAUACCACCAGAGGAGACACAAACGAGAUGAAGAGCUGUCAGAGGAAGCCAGAGAGGAGCCAGAUGAAGAACGCAGCCAGGAAUACUUUGAUUUUGACACUGGAAGAGAGAGGAGAAACUGGAGACCCGGCAGGUACCACCAAAAGAAACACAAACGAGAUGAAGAGCUCACAGAAGAAGACGCGGAGGCGGCAAAGGACAGAGACGCAGCUUUGAGAUACCUUGCUGAGAAGCGGAAUCCCUGGAUUUACAGAGGCUACUACCACCCAGCCUGGUUUAAAAGGGAUUCAGAUGAACACACUGCAACCUCAAACAAGAUGGAUGAACUGACCAAGUUGCUGAGCUAUAAGAUAAACCAGCUGGCUAACCACUCUACUCAAGAGGAGGCAAAGAGGAGCUCGCAGCAGAGAGCACUUACACCACAGGAGGAGAAAGAGCUACAGAACCUGGCAGCGAUGGAUAUGGAGUUGCAAAAAAUUGCAUCCAAGUUGCAUGAAAACACUGCAUAAAUGAAAAACAUUUCAAACCUAUCGGAAAAAAAAAGUUGCAAUUUUACUGUAUGUCUGCCAGUUUAGUGUGCUUGCAGUGUUAAAAUGAAGAAAAAAAAUUAAAACCACCAAACCCUGGAGCCUUGCCAAAGCAUUUUAGCUGACUUUUCGUUUUUGUGAUAUUUUGAUGUUAUCAAAUCAAACAGCAUGGGAAUGGCUUGGAUGUUUAUAGUCAGAGAAAUGUAAAAACAAUAUAUACAUAUAUGAGAUCAUAAUUACUUAAAUGUGUUCUGACUGCACUCAAUAAACAGUUAUUCUGGGACCAAA